CGCGACUGCGCGCGGAGCCGGGGCCCGGCCGAGCGGCGUUCCAGCUGCCCUGUUGCCGCGCGCAGACCCCGGCCCGGCCCCGGCCCUAAGAGCCAUGCUGUGCGGCCGCUGGAGGAGCUGUCGCCGCCAGCCCGAGGAGCCCCCGGUGUCGGCCCACGUCGCGGCGCCCGUCGCGCUGCCGCCGCAGCCCGCGCCCACGGACGGCGGCAUCAAGAGGCCCGGGCUGCGGGCGCUGAAAAAGAUGGGCCUGACGGAGGACGAGGACGUGCGCGCCAUGCUGCGGGGCUCGCGGCUCCGCAAGAUCCGCUCGCGGACGUGGCAGAAGGAGCGGCUGUACCGGCUGCAGGAGGACUGCCUGAGCGUGUGGUUCCAGCGGCGCAUCCCGCGGGCGCCGUCGCAGCACAUCUUCUACGUGCAACACAUCGAGGCCGUCCGCGAGGGCCACCAGUCCGAAGGCCUGCAGCGCUUCGGCAGCGCCUUCGCGCCCGCACGCUGCCUCACCAUCGCCUUCAAGGGCCGCCGCAAGAACCUGGACCUGGUGGCGCCCACGGCGGAAGAGGCGCAGCGCUGGGUGCGCGGCCUGGCCAAGCUGCGCGCACGCCUCGACGCCAUGAGCCAGAGGGAGCGGCUCGACCAUUGGAUUCACUUCUACCUGCACCGGGCAGACUCCAACCAGGAUAGUAAGAUGAGCUUCAAGGAGAUCAAGAGCCUGCUCAGAAUGGUCAAUGUGGACAUGAAUGACAUGUAUGCCUACCACCUCUUCAAGGAGUGCGACCACUCCAACAACGAGAAGCUGGAAGGGGCUGAGAUAGAGGAAUUUCUGCGGCGGCUGCUGAAACGCCCUGAGUUGGAGGAGAUCUUCCAUCGGUACUCGGGCGAGGACCACGUGCUGAGCGCCCCUGAACUGCUGGAGUUCCUGGAGGACCAGGGUGAGGACGAUGCCACACUGACCCACGCCCAGCAGCUCAUCCAGACCUAUGAGCUCAACGAGACAGCCAAACAGCAUGAGCUGAUGACACUGGAUGGCUUCAUGAUGUACCUGCUGUCGCCUGAAGGGGCUGCCCUGGACCCGGCCCACACACGCGUGUUCCAGGACAUGGACCAACCCCUAACCCACUACUUCAUCUCCUCCUCCCACAAUACCUACCUGACCGACUCUCAGAUCGGGGGGCCUAGCAGCACCGAGGCCUAUGUUAGGGCCUUUGCCCAGGGAUGCCGCUGUGUGGAGCUAGACUGCUGGGAGGGCCCAGGAGGGGAACCUGUCAUCUACCAUGGCCAUACACUUACCUCCAAGAUCCUUUUCCGCGACGUGGUCCAAGCUGUGCGUGACCAUGCCUUCAUGCUCUCCCCAUACCCUGUCAUCCUGUCCCUCGAGAACCACUGUGGGCUGGAGCAGCAAGCUGCCAUGGCCCGCCACCUCCGCACCAUCCUGGGGGACAUGCUGGUGACACAGGCACUGGACUCCCAGAGCCCUGAGGCAGUACCAUCUCCAGAGCAACUGAAGGGCCGUGUCCUGGUGAAGGGGAAGAAGCUGCCGGCUGCUCGGAGCGAGGAUGGCCGAAUUUUACCGGACAGGGAGGAGGAGGAGGAGGAAGAAGAGGAAGAGGAAAAAGAGGAGGCAGAGGGUGCAGAGCAGAAGCGGAGGGCCAAGCAGAUCUCCCCAGAGCUGUCAGCCCUGGCUGUGUACUGCUGCGCUACCCGCCUGCAGACCCUGCACCUGGCCUCUGUGCCAGCCCAGCCCUGCCAGGUCAGCUCCCUCAGCGAGCGUAAGGCUAAGAAGCUCAUCCGAGAGGCAGGGAACAGCUUUGUCAGGCACAAUGCUCGGCAGCUGACCCGCGUCUACCCGCUGGGGCUUCGGAUGAACUCGGCCAAUUACAGCCCUCAGGAGAUGUGGAACUCAGGCUGCCAGCUGGUGGCCCUGAAUUUCCAGACGCCCGGCUAUGAGAUGGACCUCAAUGCUGGGCGCUUCCUCAUCAACGGGCAGUGUGGAUAUGUCCUGAAACCUGACUGCCUACGGCAACCCGACACAACCUUUGACCCUGAGUGCCCUAGGCCCCCCAGGACCACACUUACCAUCCAGGUGCUGACUGCACAGCAGCUGCCCAAGCUGAACGCCGAGAAGCCCAACUCCAUCGUGGACCCCCUGGUACGCAUCGAGAUCCACGGGGUGCCGGCAGACUGUGCACGCAAGGAGACUGACUACGUGCUCAACAAUGGCUUCAAUCCACAUUGGGGGCAGACCCUGCAGUUCCAGUUGCGGGCUCCGGAGCUGGUGCUGGUCCGGUUCGUGGUCGAGGACUAUGACACCACCUCCCCCAAUGACUUUGUGGGCCAGUUUACACUGCCUCUGAACAGCCUGAAGCAAGGGUACCGCCACAUCCACCUGCUUUCCAAGGAUGGGGCCUCACUCUCACCAGCCACGCUCUUCGUCCACAUCCGGAUCCAGCACUGCUGAGGCCCGGACUGACCCACCCUGGGAUUCUGCGGGUGCCAUUCUGGUCCCAUGGCAGAGACCCUCUCCCCCUUGGAGUGAGGGGCGGUGGGAAUAGUAGAGUCUCCAGCCACUCACUGGGCUUUGGCCUCAACUGGAUGCUGAGGGCUGCCUCAGCCCCUCCUCUGAGAAUAGGCAGUUGAUCUUUACCCGGAAGAGUUGCUGAUGGGACUUGUGCACGCCAACCCCUGGGGCCUUAGAUGGCCCCAGCUUCUCUGGUCCUCGCGCACUUCCCUCAUUGUGGCUUAUGAAGAGCCUGGCCCGUUA